GCGGGCAGCUGGCGGGGGGCCGCUUUGGCGCCGCCGGCAUGUCGUACCGCGCGGCGGACCGCAGUUUGGAGGAGGCGUCGAAGUUGGCCAUGGCGGAGCUGACGCAGCAGGCGAACUACGACGAGCAGCCCGGGCCAGGCAGAAAAGGCUUCGGCAAGGGCGAGGACGGAUCCAUGGACAGGCUGUUCGUCUCGAGGGUGCCCCAGUCUGUCAGCAAGGAGGACCUCCGGGCCUACUUCUCGCAGUUCGGGGAGCUCACGGACGUGUACCUGCCCGCGCCUCGGCGCCUUUCGGGGGGGCGUCGGCGAGGGCCCCGCGAUAUCUGGCAUUGGCAUGCUUUCGCUGGCUCGAGAAGACGACGGAGCUCCUCCUCCUCCUCCUCCUCCUCCUCCUCCU